CAGUUCACCUGCUAUCCUCUGAAUAAAGCCUAAAUGCUAGCUUAGCAUUUAGAAAUAACUGGUGUAGCCAAGUGUACCCGACUUAUCACAGUUUAUUUCACCCAUAAUUGAUUCCAAAUUACAGUAUGUGGUUCUUUCCAGGAAAAGAAAGACAGAAAAUUACUAGAAAUAAAAUUGGAUUUGUGAAACCAUAACACAAACCAUUACUAUUAUUAUCAUUCAGUAUCUGUUAAUACAGCAACCUCCACUGAAGGAAGCUAUAUUUGUUAGUAACUAUAACUCCUCCAAUAAACACUUAGAUUUGCUAAUAUUAUAUAUUAUGGUCUGUUAACUAGUUAUUACACAUUGUACAUAUUGACCGCAAACGAUAGAGUGUGGUUAUUAUAGGCCAAUAUUAUAAUAAAGAGAAUAUCCAAGAAAAUCACUAUCAAACAUAUUUGAUGUGUUAAAUUCUUCGAAAUAAUCUGUCUCGGUCACUCACACACACUCGCAUGCUUUUAUUCACGCGGUAAGAAAUGUCUGUUUGUUUCUCUGCAUUGUAGCACCGCGGAAAGGCGAGAGGCGGGGCAGAAAAAGGGGGCUCAGAGCGGGUCGUGAGGGCGGUGUAAAAGAGGGGGGGAAAGGAGGAGAGAGAGAGAAAGAAACGGUCGCCGGUUUGAAAGCCGGUAAUUAGUGACGUGUCUUCCCAACAAGCAGGGCAGUCGCUGCUGGGAGUGCAGCCCAGUGGCGGAUGGAAACAGGGGCUCCGCCAAAACCACCGGGGCGAUGAGGAAGAGGAGAGGACGGACGACAGACAGGCUUCUGCCGCAGAGGAAACCCAGAUUAGGCUGAUUUGACUCACACACAGAGAGAGGGAGCGAGAGCUCCACCGGCAUCCCCCCGGUGCGAGCACACCGCGUCACCACCUAUCCCUGCGACUCCUACCUAAACGACCAACCCACCCACUUUGUCUCGACCACCCAUCAGGUUGUGUGGUGACUUGAUGAUGUAGGGUGGAGCUGGACGCGCGGUCAGCCGGCAGGAUAACAUCUCGGUCUGAAUGCGUCUUAGAUGAACCACCGUCAUCAACCGGGUCGGUCCCCCCUCGGUCCCCUCUUUAGGUAUGUACAGCCUCAAGUCUCGUGCAACUGCUGUGUAUCAUCUCUGCAACCUGUCCGAGUGCACAAACACAACUACUGAAGCCAUUAGGCAGUUUUAAUGGGAAGCUAAACAAGUCUUAAUUAUGAGCCCACUUUGGCUCUGCGAUUUUUCUGUUGCGCACAGAGCCAUGCAGCUUGCAGAAUGCACUGAACGGAGCAGGGUAGUGGCUAUUAAAUGUGAAGUAGACUAUCAAUAUGCUUUCAAACCGCAGAGCAGAGAAAUGCUGGCUCAUUUAGCAGCUUUCUGUCCUUUGCGCUAUUCCAGCGGAUGAGAGAACCCCGGGGAAAGGGGUGCCCCUGUGACCGGAGGAGGGUUGGAUUCUCCCCGGCUGCUGACCUCCUGCUCCGGGGACACAUCCUCCCACCACCCGGCGUCACCUCUCCUCCCCCGGACUGAGAGCGACGGAGCCCACCGAUGCGUCCGGCAGCCCCUGAUGCUCGGCAGUGCUCCGGGGCUUUCCGGUCGGUGGGAGAGGCUCGAGCCGCGGCCGCGCGCUAGGAUGCUGCGCCAGGUGUUGCACGCGGGCCUAAGGACCUCCUUCCACGCGCUGGGCCGGUUCGUGGCGAGCCACCCGGUGUUCUUCGCCUCGGCGCCCGUGCUCCUCUCUAUCCUGCUCGGGGCCAGCUUCAGCCGGUACCGCGUGGAGGAGGACGUAGAGAGCCUCCUCGCGCCCAAGCACAGCCUGGCAAAGAUAGAGGGCAACCUGGUGGACAGCCUGUUCCCGGUGAACCGCUCCAAGCACGCCCUCUACUCCGACCUGCAGACGCCCGGCCGAUACGGGCGCGUGAUCGUCACCACCCGAAAGGGUAGCGUGCUGGACCCGGUUCACCUGGACACCAUACUAAAGCUCCACAGGCGCAUUUACCAGAUGCAGGUGACGGUCCCAGCCACUGGCUUCAACAGCUUCAACUACUCCUUCUCUUACCUCUGCCUACCCGAUGACAAGAACGUCUGCAUUAUAGAUGACAUCAUUCGUGCCAUGGAGGAGAUCCAGUCAGCUCGCACCUCCAACCGCUCCGUCCCAGUCCUGCGGUACCCAAUCACACAGCUGGCAGAUGGGCGACAGGCAUACAUUGGACACCAGCUGGGCGGGGUGCAGGGGUGGGGUCCCAGUGGGGCAGUGCGAGGUCCAGGGACUGGAGCCAGAGGAGAAGGCGUACGCUCUGCCCGGGCAUUGCAGCUCACCUACUACCUCCAAGCCCGAGGCAGCCUGAUGGACCGGGUGGCCAGCCAGUGGGAAAAGGCCUUCUGCACAGAGCUACAGCACUUUGCAGCACUGCACCCGAAGCUGGGGCUCUACCCUUCCACUUCCUCUUCCCUGAGGACAGACUUCCAGUUUUCUUCAGUGCUGGCACGUCGCCCCCUGUUAGCCAGCUUGGGGGUGUGCGGUGUGCUGGCCAUCCUUUGCUGCUCUAUGAGGGACUGUGUGAGGUCUAAACCCUGGUUGGGACUGCUGGCUUUGCUGUCAAUCACACUGUCAGGCCUCACUGCUGCUGGAAUACUCAACCUGACCGGGGCCACCUACAACUCUACAUACCUGGGCAUCCCUUUCGUCAUGCUUGGCCAUGGACUCUUUGGCUCCUUCGAGAUGCUGUCGUCAUGGAGGCGAACCCGGGAGGACCAGCACGUGAAGGAGCGUGUGGCGAGUGUCUUUGAGGAUGUCAUGCUGCGUUUCUCUGGCUCCACCAUGCUCCACUUGAUGACCCUGGGCCUGGCUGCUUCACCACUUACAAACAUGGAGGCCGUCCGUCUCUUCUGCCGCACCGCCGCCUUAGCCGUCACCAUCAGCUAUGUUUACAUGUUGUCCUUCUACAGUUCCUGUCUGGUGUUUACAGGAUACUUAGAGACUGGAUAUAGACACGGCUGCUUCUGCCGGAGAGUCCCCAAACCGGACCGACUGGACUCUAAACCGGCCUGGUACAGGUGUUUGAUGUACACCCGCUACCAAGAUGAGACUCAGACCACCAACCCGCCACAUGGAGUCGGACACCCUCACCCACCAAAUCCUAACCUAACUCACACACACACGCACCCGCACCCGCACCCGCACCCGCAUACUGCAAACAACCCUAAUUCACAUGGACACGGUCAUGUGACUAACUCCACACACACACAUCCGCACCCUCACACACACUCCACGGCCAGCACGGACCUUCAUCCUCAGGACUCUCACCUAUUGCUGGGGUGUGUGAGGCGUUGCUAUGGAGACUGGAUCACUAACACUUACGUCAAACCCUUUGUGGUUCUGCUGUACCUGGUUUACAUCUCCUUUGGACUGAUGGGCUUCCUACAGGUGACCCAGGGUUCUGACCCCAGUGCCCUUGUUGCCAUGGAUACAACAACUGUAUUGUAUACCCGUGCCCAGCAGCGAUACUUCAGCUCAUACUCCCCUGUCAUUGGAUUUUAUAUCUAUGAAAGCGCCCCUUACUGGAAUGCCACAGUGCAGCGGGACCUGCUAGAAUACGCCAAAGGCUUCCAGAGAAUCAGCUGGCUGGAGGCCUAUCUGAACUACCUGUCAGACCGCAACCAGUCCACCAGCCAGCCACGGGAAAACUUCACCCGCACGCUCCGCCACUCCUUCCUGCGUGAGCCACAGUUUGCCCACUUCGCAGACGACAUCAUAUUUGCAGAGCGCGGUCAGGGUGAGGAGCCCGACGUGGCUGCAUCACGGAUCUUCCUGGUGGCCAAGACGACGGAGAACAAACGCGAGGAGAUGUCAGUGCUGUUGGACACGCUGCGACGCCUGUCACUGACCUCACGUGUUCGCUUCCUAAUCUUCAACCCCUCCUUCGUCUACCUGGACCGCUACGCUGCGGCAGUGAGCUCCCCACUCAGACACUCACUGCUGGCGGUGCUCUUCCUGUUGGGUCUGUCGUCCCUGGCCGUCGUGGAGCCGCUGGUCUCUGUGUGGCUCGGCCUCACCCUGCUCUCAGUGCAGUUUGGAGUACUGGGCUUCAUGACCUUAUGGGGUGUUGAGCUGGACUGCAUGUCUGUGUUGUGUCUAAUUUCAGCUCUGGGACACUCGGCGGACUGCAGCGGCCCCCUCCUCUGUGGCUUUGCCUCGGGUCGGGGUGAAAGCAGGACUCGCUGGGUGAGAGUGGCGCUGGAGAGACAUGGAGUUCCCUCUCUACAGACGCUCAUCUGCUACAGCGCCGCACUGGUGCCUGUUGGCUCUGUACGCUCCAACCUCACACGCACACUGUUCCGCUGCCUCACCCUCACAGCCGGCUGCUCGGCCCUGCACACACUGGCGUUCUUGCCCACCCUCCUCACUUUCUUGCCCCCCUCCAAGAGCCGGGGCCACCGCCCUGGAGGAGAGGGUCAGAGACAGGAGGUGGAGUGUGUUGAAAUGAAUGACAGCACCCGAGUGGUCGACCAGAUCACCACCGUCUGAGCAUGGGAUGAUGUUGUGGUUUUGCCCCCCCACUGGUUGCCAUGGUGACUGCCGGCUGGGAAUUGGUUCAUUGUAGUCUGAGCAGCCACUGUGUAUGCUGCAGACAAGAAUGCUGAUCCUUGUGAAGAGAGGAAGAAAAGGAGAGAAAGAUGGGGAGAAGAAUAGAGACAGAAGGUCAAGAGAAAACAGAUUCAAACAUAUAAAGAAGAGUAAGAGGCUAGUAAAGACAAGGAGAGAGAAAGAUGAGUUUCCAAUGCAGUGUAUCCAUGGUUACCUGCUUGUUGCUAGUGCUGUGUGGCAUGUGAAUGAGGUUUCUUUUCCCAAAUAGCCAAUCAGGAGCUGAGGAUCAGCUGAGGUCAGGCCUGGAUGUGACCUUAUCACAGAGGAAGUGCCACACUUUCCACGUUUCCGAAACUUGCUUUAGAUCCGAUCACAUUGUUUGGCUACUGCUAUCUGUCCGCCAUAUCAAGUUGCACAAAUACAGCUACAAUGACAUGAGGCAAUCAUCUGUAUAACUCGAGUAUUUCUACUUUAAUGCUGGACAAAUAAAGUCAAAUGACGGAAACAUGGUCUUACAAGG